AUGUCAGAUCUCUCCUCGCAGCUCUCGGCAUUCAAGUCCAGAAUCAGAAGCGGGCCUUCCGUGGCUGUCAGAAGAGCAGUCACUCCAAAACCUGCCAACCAGGAGUCCCUGACGCCCAAAACGCCUCUGGCUUCGGCAAACGGCUCCAACGGCAACUACAGCUUUGCUGAGAAUGACAGGAAAAGGGUUGCAGGCGAAUCCUUCCUGUCUGGUAAGAAACACAAGCUGAACAUUAGUAUGUCUGGUUCACAUCUUUCCACAAGACUCCACUUGGCUGUGGAGUAUAUCAAGCAGCAGGACAAGCCAGUGCCUGUUGAUAAGCUUGAGAGCUAUUUGGGAACGGAUGUGACCGAGGCUUUGCUUCCGUUGUUGAAGGAAAUUGACAGGAUCAAGUUUGACUCCUCCAGCAACACUUUGGAGUACAUGUCGCUUCACAACAUCCGGAAUGCUGACGAUUUACUUGAUUUCCUUCGUCUGCAGCCUACGUUUAAGGGUACUCCAGUAAAGGAGCUCAAAGACGGUUGGUCUGGAUGCAUGGAGGCUAUCCAGAGCCUUGAGGACAGUAACCGUAUUUUGGUGCUUCGGAACAAGAAGGAGAACUCGCCCAGGCUUGUGUGGGCCAACUUGGGCGGUGAGAUUGGUACAUUGGAUGAGGAGUUUGUGGAUAUGUGGAACAAGAUCAAGAUUCCAGAACCCGACAACCUCUACCAGGCUUUGGUCGACCAGUCGUUGAAGCCAACAGGUGCCGAUCCAAACAUCGUUUCCAAGAAGCCAAAACAGCAGGAGAAGAAGCAGAAGAAGGCCAGAAGAGGAAAGAUCACCAAUACCCAUAUGAAGGUCGAUUUUAACACCGUUGCCACCGAGUUCUGUAACUUCUACUACCAGCAGUUCGACUCCGACAGAUCCCAAUUGGGUAACUUGUACAGAGAGCAGUCCAUGUUGACUUUCGAGACCUCGCAAUUGCAGGGUUCCAAGGACAUUGUGGAGAAGUUGGCUGGUUUGCCAUUCGCCAAGGUUUCCCACAGAGUUUCUACUUUGGACGCCCAGCCUGCCUCUCCUCAGGGUGACAUUUUGGUUAUGGUCACCGGUGAGUUGUUGAUUGACGAGGAGCAGAACGCUCAGCGUUACUCCCAGGUGUUCCACUUGAUUCCAGAUGGAAGCUCUUACUACGUCUUCAACGAUAUCUUCAGAUUGAACUACUCGUAA